AAAACCCACAAAGGGGACAGCCGUUCGAGGUCUCCAACGAAGCAUUUUCGGACACUGUACAGCUGCGUGUACUUCGGACAAAUCUCCGACGACCUUCCUCAAUUGCUUCUGGAACUUCGUCUUGAUCCUCUCUCUCUCUCUCUCCCGACCGUCUUUCAAUUCGUGAAUGGAAGCAAUCAGGAAACAGGCCACAAAGCUCCGGGAACAGGUCGCUCGUCAACAGCAGGCUGUCCUAAAGCAAUUUGGGGCUGGGGGAUAUGGAGGUUCAGAUAAUUUUGUCACUGAUGAGGCAGAGUUCCAGCAGCAUCAGAAACUAGAGAAACUUUACAUAUCAACUCGUGCUGCUAAGCACUUUCAAAGAGAUAUUGUUCGAGGAGUAGAAGGUUACAUCGUUACUGGUUCUAAGCAAGUCGAGAUAGGAACUAAGUUGUCAGAAGAUUCUAGGAAAUAUGGCGUUGAUAAUACGUGCACUAGUGGUAAUACCCUAUCAAAAGCUGCAUUAAGUUUUGCUCGAGCUCGUGCUCAAAUGGAGAAGGAGCAUGGAAACCUUUUAAAGGCCCUUGGUACACAGGUUGCAGAGCCACUAAGAGCAAUGGUAAUGGGAGCUCCACUAGACGAUGCUAGACAUCUUGCUCAACGUUAUGAUCGAAUGCGACAAGAAGCUGAAGCUCAGGCCAUUGAAGUUUCCAAACGUCAAGCUAAAGUGAGGGAAGGAAUGUGUAAUCCUGACAUUGCUUUGAAACUUGAAGCAGCAGAAUCAAAACUACAAGAUAUGAAAUCAAAUGUUGCAAUACUGGGGAAAGAAGCUGCUGCAGCUAUGUCUGCUGUUGAAGCUCAACAACAGAGGUUGACCCUCCAGCGGCUCAUAGCCAUGGUUGAAUCUGAGCGGACCUACCAUCAGAGAGUUCUUCAGAUACUUGAUCAGCUUGAAGAUGAGAUGACGUCAGAAAGGCAACGCAUUGAAGCGCCUCCUAGUUCAACUGUGGAUAGUAUGCCUCCACCACCAGCAUACGAGGAAGUCAAUGGUGUGUUUACUUCUCCAACACAUAAUGGAUCAACUGACAGCAUAAGUUACUUUUUGGGAGAGGCAAUUUACUCAUAUCAAGCAGAAUCUGAUGUGGAGCUUAAUCUGUCAGUUGGUGAUUAUGUUGUUGUCCGAAAGGUAUCGAACAAUGGCUGGGCAGAAGGAGAAUGCAAAGGGAAAGCGGGUUGGUUCCCAUAUAAUUACAUUGAAAGACGGGACCGUGUUCUUGCAAGUAAGAUGACUGAAGUGUAUUAAAAUAGAAUGCUGCAUUGAGUUAAUAGCACUUGCUGUUUGUAAUUGUAUAUUUUUUGGGUUUUUUUUAUCGGUUACUAACCUACUCGCAAGGGAGAGCUUGUGCUUGUUUUUGCAUAUAUGGAACAUAACCGGUGUGCCUGCUUUUCUCUGCCUGGUACAUACAAUGAGUUCCCAAUAUUUCCAUCAA